GUGUUUGCGAGCCUUGAGCAGCCAACCACAGUGACAGUUCUUGGAAAACUGGGUGCCAUGCACGAAGCAGCCAAGACAGCGGCUGAGAAAAAGUCAAAGCAGCUGAGCAACACUCAGCUGAAGAUUCGGGGGCUGCAAGCUACCACAUCCAAUCGCCAGAAGAAUGCCAAGAAGCAGGCAUUGUUGAAGCUGGACGAGGAGGAUCAAAAGUCUCUCCAGCAGAAGAGGAACACAAGGCGCCGCAUGAUUUGGAAACAGUUGAUGGAGAAGAGAGGAAAGCAGCCUCGGAAAAGGAUUCAAGAAUCCUUUGAUGGAAUGGAUCCCAAGCGAGUCUACAGACCCAAGCUGAGCAUCCAAGACCGCCUGGAGGUUGUGGAGUGGGUCCUAAAGAAAAAGAAAGAGAUGCAGGAUCCUGAGCCGUGCGAGCCUGACAGCAAUGCAGAAUCGCUCGAAGAGGAGGAGGAAUCCAAUCGAGCCAAAAAAAGACAGCACAAAGAGCUGCCCGAUGUGUGGAAGGAGGCUGCUGGCCUGGCCUCCAAGAAAAAGGGGAAGGUGCGCUUGCAGAGUGUGCCGGCAGAGGUUCUGGCUUCGCUGGACGAACAUAUGUCCGUGAUGACUUCCGGAGUGUCUAGCGUGACGGCGCGGAACGAAGAAGUCAUGAUCUGGCAGAUUGUCAACACUGCAGAGAAAAUGUGCAAAGAGUGGAAUGCGAAGAUGAAGGAGAAGCGCCUGCAGCUGCAGAAUGAGAAGGCCGAGCUCACGGCGGGCGUGCUGGAUGGCACAGUCAACCCACAGGUCGUGCAGGAGAUGAAGAUCCCCACCCUGGCCUUAGAGCGGGCCAAUCGUGGGAAAAUGAAGAAAAGCGAUCCGAAGGAGAUUGGCACGUCAUUGAACGACCAUGUAUCAAAGGCCCGCCUUUCCUUGACCAUCAUGACGUCCUCCUGGGCGGACUGCAGCCCAGGACCACUGGGAAUUCAUGUUCCUGCUGGUGUCAUGGACGAAAAGGACCUUCAAGACUUUAACCAGGCUCACGUCGGCGAUGCAGUGGCCAUUUCAAGUGAUACCCGCACGCACUUCAUGUCAGAAACGACGUGGAACCAGCUUCUAUAUUCCCUGUACUCUCCAGCCUUUGACAAGCAGCGCAGGAAGUACAACUUGGAUGCAACGAACAAAGGCAAGUUUUUGGCUGACGCCUGGUUCAACUCGGACCUCACCAAGCGGCCGCACUUCAGCGAGUUGGAAUUGGGAAGGACUGCCUUGCAAAGAGCGGUUGCAAAGUUCACAAAGGAACGAAGCAAGCUGGUGCAGGAUGGAGCAGGGAACGAUUUGACAAGGAAGCAGAAGGACAGUCUUUCCAGCCUCUUUGCCAAGCCUAUAUGGAUGGUGUUUCUACCACGCAAACAGAAGGUAGCACCGCCUCUGUGGAUGCAGAAACACACGAAAAUUGAUCAACAUGGGUCUAUGGUUGUUACUUGCAAGAGGGGCAAGCCACAGUUGCUGGAGCUUCGCUUUCGUCCAGUCACUUUGUCUGGAGGUUCCGAGGUCAACUAUGUUUCUGGAGGAGAAUUCUACCUUUCAGGCCCAAACUUUCCUGCAGCUUUGGUCAAAUGUGUGGCCCUGCAAGCAAGCGAUGCAGCCGCAGCUCCAUGGCGACUCGAAGAGUAUGAUGAUGACAAUGCGGAUGAGGAGGGAAGCGACGGUGAGCAAAGUUCGGACCACCCUUCUGCUACAGAGUCUGCAGAGCAGGAUGAAGUCUUGGAGCCACCUGCCCGAUGGCAGCCUGACAGGCUGUAUGAGAACUUCGAAGGCUCUGAUUGUGAGAGGCACGAUCUCUGGAAGCCGGAAGGCCAGGUAGAAGCUGAAGAGAGUGAAGCAGAAUUUUGCGAGGCUGCAGAAGAGGAUCAUGGGGCAAUUUCACGGCCUCGUGGAAAGACUACCUCAGCUGAAUGGCUUCAAGUAGUUGCGGAGGGCUGGACCUACAAAAUGCCCACAGUUGAGAACUCCACGCUCGGGCGGCGUGCCCAUGGGCGUGGAGCGCACGCUAUCCUAUGGCGCAUGGGCCUGAGUACUGCUCCCGAAGCUGGGGAAAUGUACGGAGUCCUCUGGUGGCACUGCUGGAGUGCAUGCAUUGGCUCGUCUCAUGCCACGCAUCGCACGGUCCAAAGGAGGAGCGCGAGCAUUGGAAGGCAUUGGCAAAUGAAUUGUUCGAGCGAUCGCUGA